AUGGUUGCUCUUAUCCACCCUGUCUGCUUGGACGGGCGUUCCCCAUCCAUCGUCACGAAGAGGCUGGCCAAACUGGAUGGUGAUUUCCGAAUGCAUAUUGACGCCGGUUUCACCUGCACUCAGAAGUUGCUGGCCGCGGUGUUUCUGUACGUGGUUCUGCACAUCUUUGCCUCAUGCGUAUACAAUCGGUUAGCUGGGACGCCUAUCCGUCCCUUUCCCAUGUCAAAUUUGACAAUUCUCUCCAACUACUCGCUGAUUGAUGAUAGCCGACUGGCUGCCGCACGGAAUCAAUGCGUCCUGCCUCUCUUCGGUGAGUAG